AUGGGUAAAUACAGCUGGACAUAUGACUGGUUAACCAACAGAACAUCAACCGCAGGACUCCGCGGAAGGAAAUUGCGUGUGGCAGUCACAUUGACCGCCACCGUUGGGUUUUCCCUCUUCGGAUACGAUCAAGGGCUCAUGUCAGGUAUCAUCACUGGUGAACAAUUCAACAAAGAUUUCCCACCAACUCUCGACAACAAGACUAUUCAAGGUGCAGUGGUUGCAUGUUACGAAUUGGGUUGUUUCUUUGGUGCUCUUUUUGCCUUGCUUAGAGCCGAUGGAAUUGGAAGGAAACCAAUCAUUACCGUGGGUGCCAUCAUCAUUAUUAUUGGCACAAUCAUUUCUGUUACGCCAAUGAGACCACAUUGGCAAACUGGUCAAUUCGUUGUUGGUAGAGUUGUCACUGGUAUUGGUAAUGGUAUGAACACAGCUACCAUUCCAGUCUGGCAAUCGGAAAUGUCGAGAGCUGAAAACAGAGGUAAGUUGGUCAACAUUGAAGGUGCUGUCAUUGCUAUUGGUACUUGUAUUGCCUAUUGGACCGACUUUGGGUUUUCGUACAUUGACAAUUCAGCCCAAUGGAGAUUCCCCACUGCGUUCCAAAUUGUAUUUGCCGGUUUACUUUUGGCUGGUAUUAUUGUCAUGCCGGAAUCGCCUCGUUGGUUGAUUGCUCAUGAUCGCAAACCGGAGGCUUAUGAAGUGUUGGGAUACCUUAAUGAUUUGCCACCAGAUGAUGAUGCUGUUGUUGCUGAGGGUACCACCAUUAUCGAUGCCGUCAAUAGAUUUGCCAAUGCCCAAACUGGAUUCAAGGACUUGUUCACAGGAGGAAGAACUCAACAUUUCCAAAGAAUGGUUAUUGGUUCGUCAUCACAAUUUUUCCAACAAUUCACUGGUUGUAAUGCAGCCAUUUACUACUCCACCAUCUUGUUCCAUGAGACUAUUUUCAAUGGCGAACAAUACAGAUUGUCUUUGAUUUUGGGUGGUGUUUUCGCAACCAUCUACGCGUUGGCCACCAUCCCUUCAUUCUUUUUGAUUGAUACUGUCGGUAGAAGAAAAUUGUUCCUUGUUGGUGCCAUUGGACAAGGAUGUGCCAUGAUUAUUUCAUUUGCCUGUUUGAUUGACCCAACCACUCAAAAUGCCAAAGGUGCAGCCGUUGGUAUCUACUUGUUUAUUGUGUUCUUUGCAUUCACAAUCUUGCCAUUGCCAUGGAUCUACCCACCAGAAAUCAACCCAUUGAGAACGAGAACCACUGCAUCUGCAGUCUCCACGUGUACCAACUGGAUCACAAAUUUCGCAGUUGUUAUGUUUACGCCUGAAUUUAUUGAAAGAUCAAACUGGGGUACCUACUUGUUCUUUGCUUGUUUCAACUUCCUUUUCGUGCCAGUCAUUUUCUUCUUCUACCCAGAAACCGCAGGUAGAUCAUUGGAGGAAAUCGACAUCAUUUUCGCUAAAGCCCACGUUGAAGGAAGACAACCAUGGAGAGUCGCUGCCACUAUGCCAAAGUUGUCGUUGAAGGAGAUUGACGAACAGUGUAAGAGUUUGGGGUUGUUUGAUGAAAAUUUCGACAAGGAUAACUAUGAAACCAAGGAAGAUAUUAGUGAAUCUUCUAGUAAUGAUGAGUUGAAGCAUAGGGAUAAGGGGGUGUUUGAAAAGGGCUCUCAAGAAUCGGAAAUGGAUACUAGAUCCGAUAGUAGAGACGUUUGA